CUUGUGGAAAACGAAGAGAGAGAGAGAGAGAGCCCAGAGAGAGCCACACAACUCAAACCUUGUGCUGUCAGAACAAGCAGAGAACUUCAAGGAAGAAUGGCCGAAACCCAGACACUUAACUUUGGACCAGAAUGGCUCCGUGCCCUGUCUGGAGGUGGUGGCAGCGGUGGUGGUGGAAGCAGCAACGCUGUUGCCUCUCCACCCCUCUCACCUGCAUUGCCAAAGUAUAAACUUGCAGACUAUCGCUACGGGAGAGAAGAAAUGUUAGCACUUUAUGUAAAGGAUAACAAGAUCCCUAUAGACCUACACGAUAAGGAGUUCCUGCCCAUAUUGCAAGAGGAGCCCUUGCCACCUCUGGCACUUGUGUCUUUUACAGAGGAAGAACAGAGAAAUUUUUCCAUGUCUGUAAACAGUGCAGCUGUACUUCGGCUGACAGGGCGAGGAGGUGGACCGAUAGCAGGGGCACCAAGAGGCCGAAGUACCUCAAGGGGUAGAGGGCGGGGAAGAGGAGAUGGAGGGUUUUACCAAAGAAGUUUUGAUGAUGUGGAAGGUUUUGGUCGUGGAGGGAGGGAGAUGCAUCGCUCCCAAAGCUGGGAAGAAAGGGGAGAUAGAAGAUUUGAAAAGCCAGGUCGAAAAGACCCAGUAGAUGCUGCUCCAGGACAUUUUCAGAUCAAUCACAUCCGAGGCAACUAUGAGGACGGUGGAACAGGGAUACCAAGGAAGCACGACUUCACUCGUUCAGAGAGUGAGAACUGGCGUACUUCUCGUGAUGAUCAGAACGGUGAGGAUGAUGAGGGGGGCUGGCGCCUGGCAGGUUCUCGACGGGACAGUGACCGGUGGUGCCCCCCGAGCCCAGAUGGGCCUCGGUCAGCAGGGUGGCGGGAACACCCAGACCAACGUCGCCGUUUCCCAUUUGAUGCAAGAGAAGACGAGCGUGGCUACAGAAGGCCACGAUCGGGCAGCGGCAGUCUGGAGGAUGAGAGGGACAGCCUGCCAGAGUGGUGUCUGGAGGAUGCAGACGAGGAGGCAGGCACCUUCGACUCAUCAGGGGCCUUUCUCUCACUCAAGAAAGCCUCAAAGGAGCCUAUCCUGGAAGAGGCAGAGCUUGACUUUAAACCCCUGGAAGAGUGUGAAGAGGGCCUGGAGGAGGAGGACAGCCCGCCCAAGGAGACCAAAGAGACAGAAACAGAGGCCAAAAGAGACGCUGACCGAAAAGAGUUGGCCAGAGUGUCAGAGGAGGCUCCAUCUGUUGCUCCACCUGUUGCUCCACCAGUCUCGGAGCUUCAGGCUUCUACCCAGUCUUUGUCCCAGAACCACCCCAGCAGAACAGAAGAGCCCGAGAGGCCAGCUGAACGGCAGCCACCCCUGGAGCUCCCUCCAGAGCCCUGCAAAGUCCCCCUGCAUGUCCCCAUGUCUAAUAGCAUGCUGGAGUCCCUUCCCAUGACCCACAUUUCCACGACCCGUGCAGAAGUAUCUGCUCCGUCACCCACCGUCCAGCUACCACAGCAAAAGCCCAUAGAAGUGUCGGUGGCGCUGAACAAUCCUUUACCCUUCACUUCCAGUAUAAUGGCUCCUAUUUGCAGGCCCACCACUGUGCCACACGACACUGACGAAGACGAGGGACUAAAACACUUUGAGCAAGAGGCAGAAAAGAUGGUAGCAUACCUACAGGACAGCGGGGUGGAUGAUGACAGACUUGCAGCAAAGACUUCAGAGAAGCCCAAGCCUGCAGGCCUGCCGCUCACCCAUGAAGCUGCUCUCAAGUGGUUUUACAAAGACCCCCAGGGGGAGAUACAGGGUCCAUUCAGUAACCAGGAGAUGACGGAGUGGUUUCAGGCCGGUUACUUCACAGUGUCUUUGUUAGUCAAAAGAGGGUGCGAUGAAAUAUUCCAGCCUCUGGGAGAGAUCAUGAAGAUUUGGGGGAGGGUGCCGUUCACCCCAGGUCCUGCACCUCCACCUCUACAGGCAGAUGGUGAUCAAGAGAGGUUGAAGAGGCAGCAGGAGCUCACUGCUCUCAACCUUUAUCAGUUACAGCAGCUCCAGUAUCAAUACCUCCUCAGGCAGCAGUAUGCCCAGGCCUUGGCCCAGCAGAAAGCUGCUGCUCUUAGCUCAGCUCCUGUUCAUCAGCAGCAGCAGCACCAACAGCAGAUUAACCUGCUUCUACAGCAAUACCAGGCUCUUAAGAUAAGAGCAUCUGAGAGUCUCCUACCUCCUGUUACACGAUCCCUGUCUGUACCAGACUCUGGUUCUGUUUGGGAAAUGCAGAACCCAUCCUCUCAGGCUUCCUGCACACCAAACCUCCAACAAGCUGCUCCAAGCUCAGCGUGGGAUGGUGGCAGCAGCGUAUGGGAUUUACCUAUAGACUCCAUGGCACAGGCUCCGACUAUCGAGCAGAUGCAACAGUUAGAGAAGUCAAAGUCUGCAAAGCUGGAGCUGGAAAGGCGUGAGGCGGAGAUGAGGGCAAAACGGGAGGAAGAAGAGAGGAAACGGUUGGAGGAGGCCCUGAGGGCUCGACAGGAGGAGGAACGGAAACGCUUAGAAGAGGAGGAGCUGGCACGGCAAAAACAGGAGGAGGCACUGAGACGGCAAAGGGAGCAAGAGGAGGCACAGCGCAGGCAAAAAGAGGAAGAGGAGCGAUUAGCACAGGAAGAAGCUCUCCGAAGACUAGAGGAGAGGCGGAGGGAAGAGGAGGAGAGAAAGAAAAGGGAAGAAUUCCUUCGCAAACAGGAGGAGGAGCGCAGAAAGCAGGAGGAACUUGAGGCAUUGAGGAGGCGUGAGGAGGAAAAGCGAGCAGAGGAAGAGGCAGCAGCUGCUGCAGCGGCAGCUGCUCUGGCCCAACAACAGGAGGAGCAGAAAAGGAGAGAGCAGGAGGCCCAAAGACAGCAGGAGCUGCAGAGACAGAGGCAACAGCAACAAGAAGCACUCAGGAGACUGCAGCAACAGCAGCAGCAGCAACAGCAGCUUGCACAAAUGAAGCUUCCAUCCUCUUCAAAGUGGGGCCAGCAGUCAGCCAACGCUUUAAACCAGACCCAGAACGCCCUGUCACUGGCCGAGAUCCAGAAACUAGAAGAGGAGAGAGAACGGCAGGCAAGGGAGGAGCAACGACGUCAGCAACAGGAGCUCCUGAAACUACAGCAGCAGCAGGCAUUGCAACAGGCUCAACAGCCCCAUGCCAAGCUGUCUGGGUGGGGCAAUGUAGCCAAACAGCCAGUUGUUACCAAGUCUUUGCUGGAGAUUCAGAGGGAGGAAGCCCAGCAGAUGAAACAGCGGAAGGAUCAGCAGCACCAUCAGCAGCAGCAGCAACAACAGCAGCAGCAGCAGCAACAACAGCAACAGCAACAACAACAGCAACAACAACAACAACAACACCACCCCCCCAUCGUCGCCCAACAGACCCGCACUCAGACCAGAACUCAGACGUCUCUGAGUAACUCCGUGUGGGGGUCCGUUAACACCAGCGCCUGCACUAACUGGGGCUCAGACUCCAGCAGUAUCUGGGGUGACACCCACAACUCAAACAUGGGCUUCUGGGAUGAGGCCGUGAAGGAGGCGGUCCAGCAGCCUCCCCCGACCAGAAAAGGAAACACUCAGAAGAACAACAAGGGCAACGCCAACCUCAGUAACUCUUUGAGUGGGCGAGCCAACAAGAAGGUAGAAGAGGAGGAGAAGCUGCUGAAGUUGUUCCAAGGGGUCAAUAAGAGCCAGCAGGACACUUUCAUGCAAUGGUGUGAACAAACCCUGCACACCCUCAACACAGCCAACAAUCUGGAUGUUCCUACGUUUGCAUCCUUCUUAAAAGAAGUGGACUCUCCGUACGAGGUACAUGACUACGUCAGGGCCUACCUGGGGGACACUCCCGAGGCCAAGGACUUUGCCAAGCAGUUCCUGGAACGUCGUGCCAAACAGAACGCGAACCAACAGAAACAGGCACCGCAGAACCAACAGCAAUCCCUCAAGCAGCAGCAGGAUUCUGUAUGGGGCGGAACAGGAUCGUCGUCGCUCUACCAGUCCAACCAUACGAGCGGCCAGCAGCAGCGCUUUGAGACCGUCACCUCAGGGAAGAAGAAAAAGAAGCAGAAGAUGGUCCGGGCAGACCCCAGCCUUCUAGGUUUUUCUGUGAAUGCGUCAUCUGAGAGAUUGAAUAUGGGAGAGAUUGAGACUUUGGAGGACUUUUAAGGGACUGCAGCCAAGCAAACCCCACUGACUCUAUCCAGUUUGAACAGCAGCUGUUUUACCCAAACCCCUGCCCAUCCCCCCCUCAUCCCCCCAACUGCUUCCAGGACUUUCACCUUUAUUUUCAGUUUCCCAUCCAUGAAGCAUACUCUGCUAAUUCCUCAUGAAUUCCAAAAUUGUGAGCAAAACUGUGACCUCUGAAGGCGCAGGGUGUGUUUUCCUGUUGCAAACGGACCUGUGAUCUGAUUAAAAUCCUCCAGAGA